GAGACAUUGAAAACUCCCAUCUAUCUAUCUACCUUUUUAUCUUCUUCCCCCCUUCUCUUCUCUCUCUGUUUUUCUCCCAAAGUUGAACCUGCAAAUCCCUAAAUCUCUCUCUGUAGUCCAAAGUAUAUUGAAAAGGAAGCAGUAUGAAUUGGUUACCUGAAGAGGAAAUCAAUGGUCUGACUGAUGAUUUCUUUGAUGAUCUCAUCAACCACAUUGAGUUUCCACUACAAGACAUCAAUGGUGAGGGAGAAGAUUGGGACGCUAAGUUUCAACACCUCGAGCCUCCUCCCAUGGAUUUGUUCACUACUUUCCCCUCUGAGUUCACCUCAUCUCAUGGCAUUAGCAAGGAGGUUCCCUGUGUACCUUCGUUGAAACACCAAUCUUCAUCACCUCCUGAUGUUAAAGUCUCAAAGCUAUUCCAGUCUUCAAGUCCAGUGUCAGUACUUGAGAGCAGUGACGCUUCUUUCUCUCCACAGAACUUAAUAUCUCAGAGUUUAGCUUUCCCUGUGAAAGGCAUGAGAAGCAAGCGCAAACGCCCCACAACACUGAAGUUAAGAUACCUUUACCCUUUUGAACUAAGUAAGCACAAGACUUACUUCUCCUCUGAGCAACAUGCCAAGAAGAAACACAAGUCCAGCCACACAGUGUCAGAGGCGAGUAGCUAUGAUGGGAUAGUGAGGAAAUGCACUCAUUGUGAGACUACACAGACUCCACAGUGGAGGGAAGGGCCCAAUGGACCAAAGACACUCUGCAACGCUUGUGGGGUUCGGUUCAGGUCUGGCCGUCUAGUUCCAGAGUAUAGGCCAGCCUCAAGCCCAACCUUUGUCCCAUCUCUGCAUUCAAACUCACACAGGAAGAUCAUAGAGAUGAGGAGGAAGGAAGGUGAUGAGUUUGACACCAGCAUGAUUCACUCCAGAGCUUAAAAGACAAAGAGUGCUGAGGCAGUUUUGAGUUUGGGCUUUGGAAGUUUGAAAACUUAUGAACUCACUGCAGGAAAGAGAUGGUAUAAAAAAAAAAGUAGGUGUUAGAGACUAUUAUAAUAUCUAAUGAAGAGAGUCUUUAGGAGAAGUUUAGUUGAAGUUUAGGUCUCUAUUACAUAGUAUUGUUUUAUUAUGUUUGCAUAAGAAUGUAUUUGGCUGACAUUUGUGGGUCAGAGGAAAGCCAUUGUUUUGCAUUUUUUCAUUUUGGUUUAGCUCUUUGAAAUAACAUUUAUUCUUUUGUUCAUUAGUUUCAUU